AUGGCUCACCAUCUCCAAGUCGCAAACAAGCCCCAAAAGGGGCCUGCUCUCAAUGAGAGGAUACUCUCAUCCAUGUGCAGGAGGUCUAUUGCCGCACACCCCUGGCAUGAUCUUGAGAUAGGCCCUGGUGCACCAACCAUAUUCAACUGUGUCAUAGAAAUACCUAGGGGCAGCAAGGUCAAGUAUGAACUUGACAAGAAAACUGGCUUGAUAAAAGUGGACCGUGUGCUUUACUCAUCAGUUGUCUAUCCUCACAACUAUGGAUUCAUUCCUCGCACACUAUGUGAUGAUGGUGACCCUUUGGAUGUGCUGGUUAUAAUGCAGGAGCCAGUGAUCCCAGGCUGCUUGCUUCGGGCAAAGGCCAUUGGUCUCAUGCCUAUGAUUGAUCAGGGAGAGGCAGAUGACAAGAUAAUUGCAGUUUGUGCUGAUGAUCCCGAGUACAGGCAUUACAAUGAUAUCAAGGAGCUCCCUCCCCAUCGCUUAGCUGAAAUCAGGCGUUUCUUUGAGGACUACAAAAAGAAUGAGAACAAAGAGGUGGCUGUGAAUGACUUCCUGCCUGCUAGUGCUGCUUCCGAGGCCAUACGCCAUUCCAUGGAUCUUUAUGCUACUUACAUUAUCGAGGGCCUGAGAAGAUAGGGUGCUUGAUGAUCUGGUGCUUUGUCACUAGCUGGAUGAUGUUGAUGAAAAAAUGUGGAGACGUUACAAGAAAAUGCAUUUCUUGUUUCAUUUGACUUAUAUACAAUUAGUAUACUAGUCGUGAGCUACAGAUCACCUAAAGCCUUGAAGGCGGAACGGAUGUUAUUCUUUUUCCAGCUCCUAUGUUAAUAUGAAUAAAUGAUUGAGCAAAAUAUGAGAUUUUACAUGUUAUAUCUUUGCAUUUUUU